CAGAGACUACGCGUGUUUGGUGCUGGUCUGUCUCUGUCGUGGUAGUUGAUAAUAUUUAGCGCUACUAUUGACUGCUGAAUGUGCAGUCUGGAUCAUUUGUUGCUCAAGAUAACAAACGAAUUCAAAAGCUGCUAUUAGAAGAAUAAGGUAGAAAUGUUUACAUGUGAAUUUCUGCCUGUGUAGUGUGAAGACAAACACUUCGAUUACGGAUGUUGAAUUUAGGUUUUGUCACAAGACUCGAUUUCAGGUCUUUAAAAACAGAACGAGUUUGUGGAAACCUUAAGUGAAAAAAAAGUGGCAGACUUAUUCGGGUACUGGCGGGAGUAAAACACCAACACCCGUGGCUCAUGGUUUUCAGGGGCAGUGUGAGUGGUCGACCCCUAAUUGCAUAUCUCAGGACAACUCUAAUAUGUAAAUAUAUUAGUUGUUACUCGGUGUUCACCAAUAAGAAAAAUAUCAUAGAAGAGGCAGCGUUUUAUUCAUAUAAUCACACGAGAUACUGAGAACUGUGUGACAGGAAUCAAUUGAUAAGAAAAUAGACUUGAAGGGGACCUACGUCCGGCAGCGCGUGCGAGGAGCAGGUAAACACAGACGAGUCUUGUGACGACGCCGCCGCCGCCACCCCUCACCAGUGAACAGUUAUAAGCCUGGAGUCACACCUCGACCCCAGCUGCGCCGUUCGUAGCUAACUCGUGUCAGGAUCUGCCCUUCGGUUGCCGGAGUGACGGUUUGGCGUUGAGGUUAGCGGCAUGAUGGGCGGCAGCGUGGGCGGGGUGUGGGCGACGUGGGCAGCGGUAGCAGUGUCACUUCUAAUGCCCACUGCCUCACAGGUGCUCAUAGACCUGAACGCGGCGGCAGAAGCCGAGGAGUCGCGAGCCCUGGAGAGACGCACCUCUCUAGCGGACACUGUCAACACCUUCCUGGAGGAGACACCCAAGUCAGGCCAGCAGGGUGUUCCUGUAGGAGAGGAACUGGGUGCUCUCCUUCCCCCGCUUCCUAUAGGAUCCCACGACGCCCCUGUGGUCAUGACACACUACACACUGCCUCAAGGUCCACCAGGGAAGAGGCAGAACAUUCCUGUAGUCAUGACCCGGUACACACACAGGGGUCAUGGAGACACACCAGUGGUAAUGACGCAGUUUAGCUUCCCCCAGGGUGUCCCGGGCGUGGACUUCAUUACCCCCCGAGAGAUGGACCGUAACAGUCAUGGUGGUUCUGUGGACGACAAACACACCGACGCUUCACUACCACAAGAGACCCAACACGUAGGUAACCUCACCCUUGUCUCUCACACCUCCACCUCAGCUGGUGAUCAUGAUGGAGUGCCAGCAUCCACGGGUGUUGCUACAGACGAGGUGAGGCCUCCGUCAGCUCUGGAGAUGUUGGUCAAGAUGGCCACACAGGGCCACAAGGGAGGAACUCCUCAAGGCGACAACCCCCCACAUCAAGAGGACGACGAGUACGCCACCACCCUGAGUGACGAUGAUGACUACUUCUGGGACUACUACGGCGACCUCGACGGUACUACUGACAGUGUUUUUGAGGCUGUCAGCGAGGAGCCAAGUGUCUCUCAGGAACGCCGGUUGAUAUCCCCCUCCCCGGCUCAGUAUGUUGGCUUGGGACCAGAAGUUAAAGGUUACCAGGUAUCGUCGUCAACACAUAAGUAUUCACAGCACACUCCAGCACCUCCCCACUCACAGCCACAGUUGUACUCACCAGAGACCCAUUUUCUGGCACAGCAACUAGAGGAGAACUUGUACCGCCUCACGCAGAAUCCUCAGGCACACCUUAUAGUACAGCAGCUACUACGGCAGGAGCCAGAGAUGCAGAAACUCACCGAAUACAUCCUGAAUAAACCUGAGCAUGCUGAGCUCUUACAAACAAUCCAGCAGCAACAGCAGAACUAUGUCCCUCAAGGUGCUGGCCACAACUACUCUCCUCAAGUUGCUGGACAGAACUACCCUCCUCAAGGUGCCGGACAGAACUAUACGCCUCAAAGUCCUGGACAGAUAUAUGUCCCUCAAAGUCCUGGCCAGAACUACUCUCCUCAAGGUGCUGGACAGAACUAUGCGCCUCAAGGUCCUGAACAGAACUAUGCUCCUCAAGGUCCUGGACAGAACUAUGCGCCUCAAGGUCCUGGACAGAACUAUGUCCCUCUGAGACAGCAACAUCAGUCGCGCCCACAGUUGGAGUUGGCGUUUCCUCCACCACCACCCAGUAACGUAGACAUAAACAAAGUGGAGACCUUCAACAUCGUCAUCACCAAGAACCUCACAGGUGGACAGUCAGAACCCUCCGUCCAGAUCCUCUCUGAUGCCAAGGUGGACUCGAUGCUACUCAACACAACCAUCAACUCAGUCAACAACAUUAAAGCUCUCAAGGACGUGGUUGAUUCCGCUGUCAACCACGCCAUCGCCUCCAACCCCGUGGCCAUCCAGGAGACGCUCGCCCAGGUGGUGGAGGGGCCGGAGCAGGAGCCGACAGUCAACGUGGUGAACACAACCAUUCCUAACCUGACCGAGUUAGAGGAUACCAUCAAUAACCUUCUCGGCCCCAACGUGGUGUAUGAACAGAACCCCCAGGCCAGCAUGGCGGUGGGUCACAUCCCUCGCUCUAAUGGAUCUGUCGUUAGCAGACUCCUCAACGGCACUAUUGGUGUGGAGAAUCUCAAUAUUAACUCCACAUCCAAGACUAAUGUGGUUAAUAUUUUCAUAAUUAAUAUCAUUGGUGGAGUGAGAGGUGUUGAUGAUGUUGUUGAUGAUGAUGAGUACAAUGAUGAUGAUGUUCGACCACCAGCGCUGCCGCCACUGACUAUCCCAGGUCAGGUCAUGAAUUUUGGCACGACUGUUCCAUUAUCUUCACUUGGUCCGUUACCACCGCCACCUCUGCCAAGACCUAAACCUGCGAGUACUGUAACAAGUCAGGAUUCCGAGGAGGAUUCUGGUAGCCCUGCUGGAUUACUGCCUCCCGUGCCGCCACCACAGAACAAACUGCUGCUGAAGCCUCCUCAUGUUGUCACCCCCAGUGCAUCUCUGCCUCCAGGCUAUCCAGGAUAUGAACCAGUCGUCACUUCUUCAGUAGCACCAAGUCUCCCAGUUCCUGCUCCCCACAUAGUGUCGGCAUCCUCCACUCAAGUGCCUCAGGGAGGACAAAGCACCGCCCACAGCGCCAACCCUGACGGCAUCAUCCUCAACGAUAAUAAGGUGCUCAACCUCCUGCCGGAGUUCAUCAAGGCCACGACCAUCCCGCCUAUAGUGCCUCUCUACAACAUCUCAGCACACAGCCUGCUGGGCAAGAAACCCUCCGUACUUGGUCUUCUGCCUAGUAAGGUUUUCGAAAUCAUCAAACCUCACUUAGAACUGUCAGACAACAGCACCCAAGGCGGCAUUGUCCGUAAAGUUGCAGUGGGUAACCUGACCAACUACUACUAUCCCAGUUUUCAACCAGUACUAAGAGUGGGUGGCACAGUGACCAAGAGUAGUACUGUUACUCCUCCUCACGCCCAGUAUCAGUUUCCAUCAUACAAUCCCGGUAUUCCUCCACCUGAUCCGGUACCCAGCAAUCCUUUCCCUUUCCGCGCUGCAGCUCCACCGCGGUACACACAAGCAGAUUACUUUACCAGUAAAGGCUCUUCAGGCUUCUACUCAGCAGGUGUCCGUAACUUCUCACCACCACCCGCUAUUGGCUCAGCUCGUAGCCCAAACCCCCAGGCGAGCGCCAUACCGUACCAGAAUCCUCUAAAACAAUACAACAUCGUCAGCGAGAGACAACCAAGCAACCAUAAGGGGGUCAACCUUUUCAAAUUCACCAGAAACAAUAGUGUGAGUGAGAGCGAGGAAUCUGGUGCUCAAAAAGUCGCUGGAUUAAGAACUGAACAACUAGAAGAAAAAAAGAAAUCGCCUCAAGUAUCUAUAAAAGAAGAAUCAGUAAGCAAACCAAAAACCAACACGAAGAGUAAUACGAAAGACAAGAAGAAGUCUCAGUCACUAAAAGAAAUGGCCACUGACGCCGUGACGUCAGCUGGAAAUAGUAUGGACAGUUUCAUGAAAGCUGUUGCUAUUGGAGCAUUACCGAGCGGCAUCGCCUUCGCCUCCGCCUUCUGGCCUUACUGGGCUCCUUUCGUCCUCGGGCGAAGGCGCCGACGUGACUUGAGUGAAUUUGAUGAGGCGGCAUCCAGGGCGAGGAUCUCCCAAGACUGGCUGAGUAUUUUGACUGGGAUGAAAUACAAAGGGGCGGGGACUGAAUUCCCUGAAGCGUGGGACAAGAAAAAUAAUCCAGGCAAGAAACAGACCACUUUCCCCACACGUGGCCAGACAACCAACACCGCUGGUGUGACGGUGAUAACCCCGGAGAAAACUGUAUCACUCACGACUAAAGAAUCUUCUAACUCUAAUAUAACUACUAGGAAAUCAACGACAACAGAGGAAGCAACUUUAAGAGAUUCGAUAACAGUUCCUCCUAGUGUUGUGGAAGUUACAGACAAUACUAAUACAACCACAAUAAACGAGUCAAAAAAGGUGACUCCUAAAUCCAGCGAAGCAACGAAAACAACAACUGUGACGAAAACAUCGGACAAACCCGAGGAAACAGAACUAACGACAGGUGAUACGACUUCAUCCACUGACAUCAAAACAGAGGACAUCAUCAGAACGACGGAGAAAGUCACCACAGUUAAACGCUCUACCCCUGCUAACCCGACCAUCUCCACAACAACGGAGACGAACCUCAAUCAAUCGAUUGCCCAGAUGAUGUCGUCGUUGACCUCAGGUGAUGCUGAACCUGUUGUGCUUCCUUUUAACGUUGAGGUGAUGAGUUCAGGGACAACGACGGAGGUGAACAGGCAGGAAUCGCCCGCAGAUGUGGCUCUCGUCUCCAACUUCCUAUACUCGGCUCUCAACGGCUGGAAGAAUGGACAAAAUUCCCUAACCUCUGAAAAGGAUGGGCUGAAAGAAGAGUUCCCAUUAACAGUAAGUGAUUUUGUUGAACUUCAACUAAGCACAGGUCCUCCCAGGCGAAGAGUUAAUACAACAGACAGUCCAAUAAUCAUCAUCAACAGUGCAUCGUCUACAAACAACAGAUUCACCUCGACUCCUCCUCCUCCUCCUCCACUUUCUCAGACGAUUAUUCCACAAACCACAAACACCCCGCUAAGGACGACCACAAACACCCCGAUGAGGACGACCACUAGACGACCUACCACUUUGCUUAGUAGAUUCCCUGUUAAGGUACCAGACAACCAGGCAACCAAUAACGAAGAUGAGAAAUACCCGGAUAUGUUCUACAGUACUAUUAACCUUCUCAUACAGCCCACAACAACUACCCCACUACCAACAACUACCCCGACGACAACAACAACAACAACCACAACAACUAUCCCAUCAACAAUAAGAACCACAACAAUUCCCCCAAGAAGAACAAUCAGAACAACAACUACUCCAAGAAGAACAAUCAGAACAACAACUCCACCAAGAAGAACAAUCAGAACAACAACUCCCCCAAGAACAACCAGAACAACAACUCCCCCAAGAACAACCAGAACAACAACUCCCCCAAGAACAACCAGAACAACAACUACCCCAAGAACAACCAGAACAACAACUACCCCAAGAACAACCAGAACAACAACUCCCCCAAGAACAACCAGAACAACCUACCCCAAGAACAACCAGAACAACAACUACCCCAAGAACAACCAGAACAACAACUCCCCCAAGAAGAACAACCAAAACAACAACUACUCCAAGAACAACCAGAACAACAACUCCCCCAAGAAGAACAACCAAAACAACAACUACUCCAAAACAACCAGAACAACAACUACUCCAAGAAGAACAACCAAAACAACAACUAUCCCGAGAAGAACAACCAAAACAACAACUAUCCCGAGAAGAACAACACGACCUCAGUCUUCAACUCCCAAUCGAAGAGUAAACACCCCUCCAGCAACAACCACUGCCAACAACACACCAACAACCUCUACAACUACAACCACAACCACAACCACACCCCCGGGUAUCUUUGGCUCCAUCUCUAAUGUGCUUGACGACUCCAAUAACCAACUAAGGAACGCGGUAGGGUUUGUGGGGUCGGUGGCUGUGUACGGGGCAGCUGCACUCCUACCCCUCUGGUUACCCAUCGUCCUGGGCAAGAGACGAAGAAGGAAGCGUAACGUGCAGGACGAUGAGGACCUUCAGGAGUUCCUCGAGGCGGUGAGGAUGGUACAUAGUCCACCUUCAGUAGUACGCCAGCUCUCCUCACACGAUGAUGUCAAGAUAACCAAACAAAAGAAGAAAAUUGGACAGAGUUUCGUGGAUUCAGACGAAGAGAGAAGCCAUUUGUAUAGCCAAUUACCCUCAUGGAAAAAACUUGCUCGACAUCAAAACAAGUUACACAAUCAAGAGGAAAACUAAUACGUCAAAUAAUAUGAUAAGAAAACGUGUUAAGAAAAGUUGUUGUUUCUCGUUAAGUUUAAUUGGUUAUAUUUCUUACCAAAUUGUUGACCUUUUGAGUACGAUGACUUAAAGAUUUUGAGUACGAUGACUUAAAGAUUUUGAGUACGAAUGACUUAACCUUUUGA